AUGUUGGCCAUUAGUUGGACUCAAAAGAUCUUGAACUUAGAAGUUCUGCAGGUUUUGGAGACUGUCAAGAUAAAAAAGUUACAUUUCUCAGAUACGUGCUUAAGCAUGAAAGAUAUGAACUUUUGCAAGCAACAUCCGAGAAUGGACGGGAAUCGUGACUGCUGUCGAGCUCUUUUACCUCGCGAAGAACAAGAAGGUGUAUUCGAAGCUGACUACAAACCUUCAUUGGUCGGAAAGGCACUCGAAGAAGUAGAAGAUAUUUAA